AUGGCCGAAUGUCGUCGCUCCGUGCUUUCUUGCGCCAGGUGUCGCCGGCGCAAGAUCAAGUGUGAUCGAGCUAUACCUUGUGGGCAGUGUGUCGCUGCAAAGUCGGAUUGUACGGGCUACAGUUCCAAGGAUCACGAUCCAAAUAUUCCCCGCAGCAUUGUCCAACAUCUGGAAUCCGAAAUUGCAAAAGUUGAGGGCGAACUUGCUCGCAAUGGCCAUCUCGAAGAACUCAACGCUUCCGACAUACUCGCCGGGAUGCCCACCAACGAUGGUGUCCCACUCGAUGAGACUACCACAGCAUUACCAAUAAUUGAUAUGCACCCCAUGGACCACAAAAGUCCCGAACUAACACUCUCUCUUGACGUUUCACCCCCAACAACCCAGAGGGAUACUUCGCGAGAUGAGAUCAUGUCUUGUGGCGAGAUACAAGCCAUGAUCUUUGCCAUUCUACCAACAGGGCCCGGGAUCACCGAUCUUAUUGCCCGAGUCCGCAUGAGUUUGACACCGUCUAUGGCCAUUGCUUCAGGCUCACCACGAGAAGCCCGACGGAAAUCCAUCUCUCGAACAACUCACGAAGUCAGCUGUACAAUGCUCAAGUCUAUUCCUGGCGCCAUUUUGAGGUCGCUCGUCAAAAAAUACAUGACACGUGUUUAUCCUAUAUUUCCGAUUCUUUACUCUCCCACACUAUGGAAACAACUCGAUACCGUGAUAAAAACCUUACAAGACCUACCCGAACGCCAUCGGACCGUCCCACCCUCCUUCGACUUCCUCGUCAUCUAUCUCAUGUUGUCCAUCUCGGCUACAUUGGGCUCUGCCAAGACUGGUCAUGAAGCGAAGCAUAUGGUGUUCUCGGGGAGUCUGUUCGAAGAAGGCAUACAACAUUUGUCUGAAAAGGCCCAGAUACCUUCGGAUCUUGCAGGCAUUCAAGUGACCUUGUUGGUUCUACAAUACGCGUCCAUCAAUCCUCGGCUUGCCAACGUAUGGAUGCUGACAGGUGCGGCCAUGCGUGCCUGCCUCGAACUAGGUCUGCACCGUGAAGCACCAGAGGGUCUGAAUUUUGAUCCACUGACAUUGGACCUUCGCCGUCGGCUCUUUUGGAGUACUUACAACUUUGACCGUGCAAUUUGCUCGGCGCUACAAAGACCACUCAGUAUACCCGAUCAAACAAUCGAUGCACACUUUCCAUCUGUUCUCGAUGACCGCCAUAUCAGCAUCCACGGCAUAGAUCCGACAGGCACAGAGACCAAAACGCACAAUUUACGUUGGAUCCAUUUUCGGCGCUUGCAGUCUGCGAUGACGGAAGUCCAUUUCCAAGGUAAACCUCUAGAAGAAGGCCAAAGUUGGGAAGACUGGCUCGUUUUUAUGGAAAGGCGUCUUCAAGCAUGGUACGAAGAUUACAACGACGGCCACGAAUUGACCGAAUUCACACUGGCGCAUGGUCUAACAAAUCUUCACCGUCCAUCACCGCGCGUGCCUAUGCCGGCACCACGCAGUCUCAUGGUUGCAUUCGAAGCGGCAUGCAGUUCAGCCAAGUCCCUCCGUGAUCACAUCCUGACCGGCUUUUACCGUCGCUCAUGGUUGAUCGCACACCACGUCCUUGAGAACAGUAUGGUCGUGCUGUUCUGUCUUCGCCAUGGUUUCGAUACUAUCAGCUCCCGAUUCAACGCACAACAGAUAUUCGAAAUGACAAAAGUCUUCACCGCCAACUUUUUGUCCCUUGCCGCACAAGGCUGGAACGAAGUUUCUAACUACGCCGGCAUAUAUGAACGGCUCCUCGGCCCAUUGCUCGAGUCUGUGUUUAGCAACAAACCCCCAAGUCUAUCAUCUUUCGGUCCGGCGCAGGAUGCAGAACUCACAAGACUGCUAUAUCCAGGCCCUGCACAACUAGACAAGCUGCGCUUCGGUGCCAGAGGUGCAUUCGAUUCCGGCGGCGUCAAUAUGUUCGAUGUGGGCUCACUGAACUGGGAUGACUUUAGCGUUAGUGACGGCCGCAGUGGCAGUGCGGAUGGCUUUGUCGCUGGUUGGGAUCUAUUUGACCCUGCUGGUGGAAGUGGAAACAGCAUGGGUCCGCAAGACUUUGUCUUCGGCAUGGCCUGA